AUGGGAAGCGGAUGUUGCAAAGAUGUUGAAAGAGAAGAAAAAAACGCCAAAGACGCAAGCAUUAGUGUUAUCAACACACGAACUGAUGAAGGUGAGCAAGAAAUAUACACGAUAAUUCAAGACAACUAUUUGACAAUUCCUAACACGUUUAAUUCAGAUAAAUUCAAUAAGUCAAAAGAUAUCGGGGUUUCUGGGUUAGAAAACCUUGGAAACACGUGCUAUAUUAAUUCAGUUUUGCAGUGCUUAUUCAACUGCCAACCAUUGAUGGAUUAUUUUCUUUCAGGAGUUCAUAUAAAAGACUUGAAUAUACUGAACCAAAAUGGAAACCGAAGAGCAGUCACUUUAGCAUUUGCAGAGCUAGCAAAUGCUUAUUGAACAAAAUCAUAUGAUGUGAUGGUCCCUAGGUUUUUUGUAAAAUCAAUUUGAAAUACUAUAGGCGCAAUAACUCCAAGAAAAGAAAAUGAUGCUUACGAGCUUCUUUUAGCACUUUUAAAUUUGAUAAGCGAAGAUUUAAAUCGAGCAAAUAAAAUUCAACUAAUGAGUCCCCUAAAAUCAAACAAAACUUCAGAACUAAAAGCCGCUCAAGCGUGGCAAGAAGAAUUAGACAAAAACUCCUCCAUUGUCGUUGACCUUUUUCAAGGGCAAUUAAGGUCUACUGUUUCUUGUACUGAGUGCAAUUUUGCAUCUCAAACUUUUGAAAUUUUUUUUUCUUUAAGUUUGGCUAUUCCAAACAAAGAAAAGCCAAUUUCAAUUGAUGACUGUCUUGAACUUUUUACUCGUCCUGAAGAGCUAGACAAGCCUUGGUGUUGCCCUAGAUGCAAGCAUGAGGUAAAGGCAAUUAAGAAAAUUGACCUUUGGAAAGUUCCACCAAUCCUGAUUAUACAUUUAAAACGAAAAGAAAUAUAGGAGAUUCCCGAUGAUGGCGCUCAAUGUGCCAUCAUCGGGAAACGUGUUUUAAGGGUCCACACUGGAAAUGGGUUCCACGUGUGGAGCCCUUUUUGGCACGUGAAAGUGAGGAUUUUCCACGUGUCAAAAAGGGCUCCACACGUGAACCCAUUUCCAGUGUGGACCUGAAUUUUAGUUGCCCGAUGAUGGCGCAUUGAGCGCCAUCAUCGGGCAACUUGUAUAAUUACAAAGAGGAAUCAGGUGAAAGAGCAGCUAUUUGAUAGAGCAAGCUCCAAAAUUGAUAUAGCUCAAUGGGUUUCAGCGUUUCAAAGGGAAAAUCCAGUAUACGAGAUGUUUGCAAAAAUUAAUUAUGAGUCAAACUUAAAGAGCAGGCAUUAUACAGCCACUGUGAGGCAUAAGAAUAAUCAAACCUGGCAAUUUUUUGAUGAUUCUGAUGCUUAUUAUGCUGAAGAAGAACCUUUGCUAGACAAAGACUCAUAUGUUUUGUUUUACCAAAGAGUUACUGGAAAUGCAUAUUACAGGCAGUCAAAAAAUAUGCCAAAAUAUUGGCCGCAUUUAGUUGCAAAUCAUCUUAACAGAGUGGUUUUGGAGACACUAGAACCAUAA